AUGGAAGUCGAACAGGAUCAGCUGAGGCUGCCGACGCCCCCGCCUAUUCUCCACGCGCCGACUUUGCGCCUCCCUCCUCCCGAAUCGACGCCCAACUUCGCAACCGUCGAAUAUCCCGCGCCAGUCUCGUCUGUCGACUCUGCUCUCGGUACUAUCGGAGGCGUAGAGCGAGCCGCAGUUGCUCUACAGAAUCACGUCGACGGAGCGCCGACUUCUCGCCCAAUUGAACUCGACUUGGACCCCGAGAACCGCUUCUUCCACACCAUUCCUGCGAAUGUCGCCUCGACGCACAACAUCGUCUGCAAGGUCAUCAAGAGGCGGAGGAAGAAGCCCAAAAGGGAUGUGGACGGAAACAUCGUGGAGGAGGGGAUCUACUCUAUCGAGCCGGUUGGCAUCGAGCACAAGAUUGCGCGCUUCCGAGCUAUGGCCGACUUCCAGUACUACCCCGACAUUCCCGUCAACGACGAGACGUUCCUCCUCGCCGAAGCCAUGAGCAAGCUUGACGUCAAGGGCAUUCGCACGUACCGCCUCUCCCCGCCCAGCGAAGACUUCCCCGAGUCGGCCUUCAUCCCUCCUCCCGCCUUCAGCCGUCACCGUCUCCCGCAGAACUUUGACAUGCGACCUGCCUUUGGCACCACCAUCCAAACGACCGAGUCGGGCGUCACGCGUCUCGUCCAUGCAGCUCGCAGCAAGACGCGCACAAUCCGCUCGAUCAUGUCGUUCGAAGAGCACGUUCCGGCUGGACCUGAGGAAGUCCUGUUGAAGGAGCUUGGAAGGGAGGUGCCGAAUGCGAUCGAGGCGAGGUUGAUGCACUUGCUGGAGGAGCGGCCGGUGUGGACGAGGCCGGCGAUGAUGAAUCAAUUGACUCCUGCAGAGGUCAAGAUGGCCCAUGCGAACAAGUCGCAAUGCUGGGCUCGCGUCGGCUACACGUUCUCCGACGGUCCCUUCCGCGACCUCAUUGUGCGCUUCGGCUACGACCCUCGUCAGCACCCCGAAGCUCGCUUCUUCCAGCACAUCACGCUCCGCAACCCCGAGAACGUCCGCAUCCGCCCUCAGCCCGGCAUGCGUGCACUCUCGCAGGCGCACUUCUCCGGCACGAAGCCGAACACUGACCGCGCCUCAAACCUCUCGCACAUCUUUGACGGCAAGCAAGUCUACAGCAAGAUUGGCCACUUCCAGCUCUGCGACAUCUCCGACCCGCUCUGCCGCUCGCUUAUCGACUCGCCCGACGGCGUCCUCGACUUCUGCUCGAGCGACAUCAACGAGGGCUGGUACGCAUACGACUACUUCGAGCAGAUUCGCCAGGUCGUCAGGCGGAAGUGGCAGGGCUUGCUCAACGGCAUCGAGGUCACGACGGAGGAUUGCGAUGAUUUGCUUAGGUGGCAGUGUAGCAAGGAGAGUCGGGUUGGGCAGGGCAGGAGGAGGGCAGCGGCGAAGGCGACGAAUGCAUUGACGGGCGUCGCGCCGAGGAAGAAGAAGGGCGCGAAGAAGGCGGAGGGCGAAGCGCCCACGUCGGAGCACGGCGGAGACGGCGAGCAGGACGAGCAAGACGGCGAAGAGUCGGAGGAAGGUGGGAGCGGAUCAGGCAGCGGCAGUGAGGGCGGCGCAGGGACUCCUUCGCAGAAGGGCCGGCCGUGGACCUCGAAGAAGCCGAUCAGGACCGCGCCGUGGGAGAAGCCCAAGGCCAAGCGUUCGAAGGCGAAGCAGCCGGAGACGGAGGCCCAGCUGCUCUCCCGCCUGAGUCGCUCGGCGAGGCGCAGCAGCGUUCGCGCCGGGAUGUCGGUCACUCCUUCGGCGAGCGCGAUCGAGGAAGAGCAGGAAGGCGAGGAGCAAUAG